AUGUUCGCUGACGACUCACGGCUGCCGACAUUAGUUGAUUACGAUCCAAGUGCAACGCAUUCACCUCCACAAUUGGCAACGAGUUCAAGAUUGAAUGGACAUGGAGGACUCAUAAUACAACCGGCGCGAAUGGCAACGACGUCUUCAAUACCGGUAUUGAACGUAAAGAAUAGACGAGAGGAGAUCAGUGAAUCCUGCAAUCAAAGUGGAUAUCUUGAUGCUGGAUGGUCGAAUUUACAUCUUCAAUAUCUGUCAUGUGUUCUCCGAGGCGAUCGCAAUAUACCAGUGAGCUUACAAUCCGCAUAUGAGCUUUGUGUCAACUUAUGUUACAAUGGCGACGCCCAAUCCCUUUAUCAACGUAUCUACAAUGAGCUCGAGAACCAUUACAAGGAGCUGGGAUCUUUAUUAUCGAGUAUGGCAGCAGCUAAUGACGACUUUUUGGGUUAUCUACGUACAAUGUGGGAAGAAAACAAUGAAAAGCUGGAAAAGAUCAGAUCCGUGUUUAUUGAACUUGAACGACGAUACAUUAUCAAGCAAACCCCUUAUCGAUCAAUACGAGAGCUUGGAAUCCAUCUUUUCUACGUCAAUAUCGUUGAACAUCAUGAUCUGGUCAAGAGACGUCUCAUAUUGAACGUGCUCUUUUUCUUUCACCAAUCAAGAAACAACUGCAACAUCCCAAACGAUCAAAUCCAUUCAGCUAUCAAAAUGAUGCAGGAGAUGAAUAUCUUUACGACCGGCUUCGAGCCCUGUCUGAUUUACGACACCGAGCUUUUCUAUCGAAAUGAAUCCACGCGUAUUUUCUCGAAGCUCAAUGUGCCUGGAUACCUCCAAUUCGCGGCUCGACGACGUUCAUUUGAGGAGAGUCAACAAACAGGGAUACCUUUCACGACCAAAAUGCACAUGAGCGCUAUUGUGAUUGACAAGUUCAUCCGAUCCCCUUUGAAGGACAUCCUUGCAAAAGGCUAUUACAUGAUGCUCGACUCCAACGAUGUAUCCUCAUUAGUGAUGCUGUAUACGACGAUCACUGAACAACAAAAACAGCUAUUACGAAUCGAAUUGGUGGAGUAUAUCAAGACAAGGUUCAGAUCCAAGACGGAGGAAUAUAAGAAUGAAAUGAAAACCAUCAGCUUCAUAUACAAGUUCAAAGCCAAGCUGGAACAUCUUGUUACCAAUGCCUUUGAGAAGGAUGUCAUGCUCACCCAAGCCAUUGCUGAUACCUUUGAGGGUCUCAUCCAAGGCCGCGAACCAGCCAUAGCCAUUGCCGCUGCGGAAUUCAUUGAUAAAAAAAUGAAAUCACAAAAGCUGUUCCAGAAUGCAAACAAUGAUUCCAAUCUCCCUGAUGUAUUUGAUGGGGCACUUACUAUCUUUCGGUCACUUGCAGACAAGGAUGUAUUUGAAGGCGUGUAUCAGCGACUUUUAGGCAGUCGAUUGUUAUCCGGAGCAAGUAAUACCAGGGCUGAAAAAUUGAUGGUGAUCAAGCUUCAAUCAAUUUGUGGGAAUGAUUAUAUGACCCAAUUCACGAAGAUGAUCACAGAUAUCGAUGAAUGGUCAGAUUUCGAUGCUCGCUACAAUGCUCAAGUGAAGAUUGACACGCGGUUCGAUUUCCAAGUGCGCACGGUGUCAAAUGAGGCAUGGUCGUUUGCUGGUACUCAUAGUAUACACCUUGGCAAUGAAUUGCAACGAUACCUGACGCAAUACGAAGCAGCCUUCAGUGCCCACCAUAAGUCUCGCAAGGUGUUAUGGUCCCAUUCGUUGAGUACUUUGGUUAUGGAUGCAAAUUUACGCUUUGGUACGACCCAAUUGAUUGUCAAUGCCUUACAAGCAUCGGUCCUUUUGCUAUUUAAUCGGGAUAAGGAGAUGUGGGAGUUUGAUGAAAUUGCCCAUGAAACCAAAAUCUCUGAUGACCAACUCAAGGAUGUUCUGCGUACAAUGACUUGCUGUCCAGGGGCAUUGUUGCAAAAGGAUUCCCCCGACCCUGAGUAUAUCUGGGAACAAGAUACUUUUUCGUGCAACUUGAAUUUCCGCCAUAGUUCAACCAUUGAUCUUUACCUUGCAUUCUCUAUGGAAGGCAAAAAGGGCAUCGAUCCUGCGAAAAAGCAAUUACCACGCCUUGGCGAUGAUCGAAAGUACAAGAUCGAUGCCACCAUUGUGAGGAUUAUGAAGCAGCAAGGGCAGUUCAAACAUCCUGAAUUGUACGAGAGCGUGAGCACACAGCUUCCUUUUACAAUCUCGGCAAAGGAGUUUAAGGAAUCGGUGGAGUCGUUGAUUGAUAGGGGUAUGAUGAAGCGACAAAGAUCAAAGACCAACCUAUAUGUGUAUUUGCCGUAA